CCUAGACCAAUCUAUUAUCUUUCACAUUCAAAUUCUCACUGAGCCACUAAGAAAUUCCUACGCCUUGGCAACUGUGGCCGCGCAUCUCCGCUUCCCGAAUCCCUUCCCGCGAACGCCCAUGGCAAGCCAUCUUGGCCAGCCAUCCAUUGGUCCGGAGAAUCCUCCGUCCCAAUUGGAAUGUCCCACACAACCUACUUCAGAGCAUAGUGACCAUGACACAGCCUAUCCGCCCUACUAUAAGCGAAACGCCUGUACAGCCUGUCGGCGGAUGAAAUCCAAAUGUGAUAUGGCAAAGCCUAGCUGUGGAGCUUGCACCAGGUUUAACCGGACAUGCGCCUACGAGACAACGCGAAAGAAAAGCGGUCCAAAGCGAGGAUAUACAGCGGUCUUUGGUUCUCGAUUAGCUCAGGUGGAGGCGCUUCUUAGUGCUCAUAUGCCUAGUAUCCCAGGAAUUCAAAACCCUUCCGCCACCCUUCCAGCUGAUUGGGUAGAUAGGGCUACUCACCCUAAUUUGGGCGAUGUUACUUCUCAUCCAGACAUGGCUGCAGAAAGUGAUCCCUCGUCAUCACGCUCCACCGAGAGCGCAUAUACAGGACCCAGCGUAGGGUUGGGUAUGAUUAGUUUGGAAUUAGAGGAACCUCUCCCAGAUCAAGAGGUUAUCGAUGAACUGUACCGGAUCUAUUUCGAAGAUGUUCACAUUUACAUGCCGAUUAUACAUCAUCAUAGGCACCUGGCUGCGUUGGACCAUGCUUCUCAUGCCCGGCCGCCAAUCUGUCUCCAAUAUAUGAUUUGGUGCCAUGCAGCCCUUGUCAGCGAAAAUUAUAAUACUUUACACACAGCUUUCUACGAAAGAGCCCGCAAGUACGCGGAGGCAGAUGAGAUGAAGGGCUAUGGAGGAGGGAUUCUCUCCUUGGCACACGCUCAGACAUGGCUCCUUAUCACCGUGUAUGAGUACAAGAUGAUGUUCUUUCCGAGGGCGUGGUUAAGCUGUGGAAAGGCAUGUCGGCUCGCAAUUAUGCUAGGGCUUCAUCAACUCGAUAGUCCGAAUCCUCAGGUGAAACAAUGUUUCACACCUUCCAUAGAUUUGGUGGAAAAGGAAGAGCGGCGGAGGGUCUUCUGGAUGACCUUCUGUAUUGAUAAGUUUGCCACCAUCGGAACAGGGUGGCCUGUCGGGCUCAGCGAGACAGAAGUCAUGACAAAUCUCGCCGCUAGCGAGGAAGCCUUUAGUACAGGCCAGCCAGAGCCAACGGCACGCCUUAGUGAUGUUUUAAAUGGUGAGGGACUCGUAACACUGUCUCCUUCCGCAGGUAUCGCCUUCGUGUCGUGCAUCUUCGGUCGGAUUACAGACCAUCUUCGUCUCCCCCAAUCGCAGGACGACGAUAGUUACAGUACUGGAGGCUUCUGGCAGCGACACAGAUCUUGCGAUGAGAUUCUGCUCAAUUUUGCUCUGGCAAUGCCAAAUCAUCUGCGUCUCCCAAACGGGAUGGGCGAUCCUAAUAUCAUCUUUUGUAACAUUUCUCUUCACACGGCUAUUAUCUGCCUUCACCAAGCGGCGAUAUUCAGAGCGGAGUGGAACAACAUACCAGAGUAUCCCAUUGUUGAAAGCAAGCUGAGGUGUACUGCUGCUGCCCAACAAGUUCUGGAGAUUAUAAAAAUGGUUGGCCCUGUCAACAUGAGCAAAGUGAAUCCCUUUGCCUCAUUCUGUAUUUAUGUGGCAGCACGCGUAUACGUUCAGCGUUUCAAGCUUGAUCCUGAAGAUACAGAAGCUCAUUCUGCGUUCCAGUCUUUUCGUUCAGUUAUUCAUACUCUCAAAACUACAAAUCCCCUAGCGGAAUCCUUCCUCUUCCAGUUGGAUGUUGACAGUGAAGGAGGAUCAUCCCAAGGCCUUCGGCUACCGACAAACAAUUUUCCUGUUGAGAUGCUUUCCCCUAGCAACCUAUAACAGGACAAGGUUUAUUGUGUUUUCUGAGUUUGGGUACUAUACAGGGAUUCCA